CGGGAAUACAAACAUUGCAUGCAGCCCUACACAUGUCUAGGAAUGCGUUUUGGUCAAGAGUUCGAGGGGACAACCUUGACUCACGAGUGAUGCUGUGCACCGACCAAUUCUGCGCAGAACUGAGCAGGGAUGCUCUGGUCGGCAAUUCGUCACCAUGACCAUGCGCCGUGGAGACGAUGCGCAAAUAUAGAGCGCUUCGGACAUGGCUCGUGCUAAUGUACAUGCGAAGCGGGUAAAAAAACAUCGGGUUCGACCUCCAGGAACGAGUCCGAGGGGGAACACGGUGACACGGCAAGACGGUGGCUUGGACACGGGCAUGAACACCAGCGCGUGGGGACUGCCUCCUCCAGGGGAAGAAGCUCCUGGAUUAUGCGACCUGGGGCGAGAGCGGCCUCCGGCGCGCGGCCGCAGGCGGGCGCGGGCGGGGCCGGACCCGAGCGCGCAGGCCGGCCGCCACAGCAUCGACUUCCGCGAUCUGGGGGCGAGGAAGGGGAGGAGGAGGAGGAGGAGGAGGAGGAGAACAUUGCUUUGGUGGGGCUACAGGCGAGCCAGGACGCUCCGCCACUGCUUGAAAAUUGGCGCCCGGGGCGAGGGCGAGCCAGCGGUUCUCGGAUUCUUGGAGACUCAAGCUCUCACCGACGGGCAGCCGCGCCGCGCGCCAGCGACUUUCUCGCCAUCGCUCGGACGUCCAUUCCGUGUCUUUUUGCUCGAAACGCACACGUCCGAGCGAUGCCCAGGGGGCAGGGGCGAGCCAGCGGUUCUUAGAGCCUAUAGAGCUCUAACCGAAGGGCAGCCCGCGCCGCGCGGGCCAUCACAGGGACACCGCCGCGGCCCCGCCGCGCCGCCGCCGCGCCUCGCCCCCCCG